GAGUAAAUUUUAAAAAUAUAGAAAAAAUUCUUUUAGAGACAUCUAGAAAAAUGGUAAUUUAUAAUUACUACCUGGUGGUUUGUCUCCUUUCCAAUAUUUUACAAGAUCGUGUUGCAUUUGGAGAAGUUACUUGCAAAUCAACUGGUCCAUGUUCCUGUGUCUUAUCAAAUGGAAAAGGAGCUGUGGAUUUCAGUCCUACUAAAGGAUUAGGCAGUGCUCCAUUGUAUUCAGCAUCAACUGUUGGGGCAGAUACGGCAAAAUUUGACCCCUGUAGAGAAUUUCAAUGUGGGUCUGAUACCUCCCGUGUUUGUCUUAUUGAUGGAGCUAUUUCUCCUUCAAUUGAAACUGGAGUUGGUAAUGAUAUAAGUUACCAAUAUGAUGAGUUUGGUGGUUUGGUGACAUUUGUGUAUACACAAGGAAAAUACACAACAUAUAUCGAAGUGCAUUGUGAAUCAGGACUUAGUGGCGCAGGAUUAUUAAGCGAGUUUACUCAAAGAGGAAAAACUAAUUUUUUUUAUGCCACUUUGAAAUCCAAGUAUGCUUGUUUAACUGAGGAUAAACGCAAGAAGAAGUUAAGUACUGGUACUGUAUUGUGCAUAUUGGUUCUUGUAAUCAUAUUUCUUUAUGUUGUUAUUGGUGUAAUUGUAAAUAAAUACAUUCGAAAAUUAGAAGGUGAAGAAGUCUUCCCAAAUAUAAAGUUUUGGAAGGAUUUUCCAUCUCUUGUAAAGGAUGGUUUCAUGUUUACUAAAAACAAAUUAUGCAAAUCCAAAGGCGAUUACACAGACAUUUGAUUUGGUAAGAUUUAGACACUACGGAAUUUAAAAUCAUCAUUUGUUGCACUUCAUUCAGUGUAUAUGAAUAAUUUGAAAAAUAUUUUUGGUAAUUAUUUUUUGUAUAUAAAUAAAUAUGUAAUAUUUUAUAUGAAUUCAUUUUUUAUAAUGUUGCUUUAGCAUUAUCACUUUUUAAAAAAGUAUUCUUGUGUUUUAGUUCUUUAAACGUUUCUCUGAAUCUUCACUGACCAGAAUAAAUUUAACUUA